AUGAGGAUCAGCAAAAGUGCCCCAGAUCUCCUGAAGAAGGCAGUGACGUCCGUUAAGAGCAAGACUGAUGCUCUAAGAACAAAGCUCAUCAUUCUGGCCUCUGUGCGCCGAAGGUUGGCGAUGGUCCGUGCGAUGUCUCGCCAGAUCCAUGAGCUUGUCGCGUCGGACAGCCGGGAGAGGCCGACUAGGGUGGAGCACCACAGGAAGGCUCUCACGAUGCCCAAGGCAAUGAUGAAGAGCGAGGAGCCGGCUGGUGAUCACGGUUCUAGGGCACAUCCUGGUCUGUUUGAGGGAAAUUACCAUGGCUACCCAGACUGGACCAAUUCCCUCUUAGAAGAUGACAAGUGUUACAGGAAUGAGGAGGAUGACCAUGACGACGACGACCACGAUGAUCUUGGUAUUCUUGAUGCGCUUCAUGAAGAGCCAUCGGUCAUCGAGAUCAUAAGGAGCAAGCGGGAGGCUGAAGGUCUGGAGUUCAACAUGGACCAUGACAUCGACGAGGCCUGUGACAUGUUCAUUAGGAGGUUCCGAAGCCGGAUGAACCGGAGCUCUAGUGAUCUUUGUAUUAGCGAAUAG